AUGGUCGAUGUGAGCGAGAAGAAGCUCCCCACAGAGCUAGAGCGUCAAACAAGCACACACGAAGGACAAGUCCAAGAUUUUUCGUACCAGCUCGUCGGUCUCUCUAUUCAACCCGAGGAUGCACGGGACAUGUCCGCCAUGGAGAUCAUCUCUGCUGGAUGGUGUAUAUGUAACAGCUGGGCUGGUAUUGCCGCCACCUUUGCCCUCGCCAUCGCUCAAGGUGGUCCCACUACCUUGGUCUACGGUCCGAUUGUCAUACUAGUGUUGGUUGGAUCCUGUGCACUGACGUUGUCGGAACUUGCAAGUGUUUAUCCUACAGCUGGUGGACAGUAUCAUUGGACUAGCAUUUUGGCGCCCAAGAGUUGGAGUAGGGGGUUGAGUUAUUGUUGUGGCGCCACCAACGUGUUUGCUUGGAUUUCUCUCGCUGCCGGGGUUGCCAUUAUCGUUCCUCAACAAAUUCUCGCUAUGGCGGUCUUCUGGAACCCAUCAUAUGUGCCAAAAGCUUGGCAUACGUUCUUGUUAUAUCAAGCCGCAAACUUGAUGACCCUGAUAUACAACAUCUACGUCUUAAAGCGGACGAUGUGGAUCCAUGAUGUAGGCUUUUUCCUGUCUCUUUCUGGUUUCGUAGCACUGUUCAUCACCAGUCUCUCUCGUAGCAGCUCGCACUUCCAGCCCUCGGAGAUGGUGUGGCAUACAUUCCUGAACAACAGUGGAUGGACCGAUGGCAUCGCAUUUUUGACUGGUCUUGUUAAUCCGAACUACAUGUACGCGGGUAUAGACGGGGCGAUACAUUUGGCAGAAGAGUGCAAGAACGCCGCGGUGGUGGUACCUCGCGCACUCAUGAGUACGAUAACUAUCGGCUUUGUGACGUCACUCAUCUUCGCCAUUUCCAUGAUGUACUGUAUCAAGGAUUUACAGGCUGUUCUUUCAAGUACUACAGGGUAG